AUGGGCCUCGACGCCCUCAAUUUUCUUACCACCCAUCCCUGGUUUCUCUGGCACCUGGAGCGUGCGGAGCUGGGCAUCAGAUAUCGGCGCUGGAAACCAGCCUCCAGCGACCGCCGCGAACGCCAGGGUCUCGCUCGGCAAACACUAGCUCGGAGGCAGCAGAGACAGUGGGAGCGACGAGGCAAGUAUCGGCAUAUUGGUGGCGACCCCAAGCAUCCUGGGCCUUGCCAUUGGCAAUGGGAGGAUGAGCCUUCCAUACUAGUGCCUGGGGAGCCGGCGGAACACGGCCCCACGCGCGAGCUUUCCAGCCCUUCACAUGCCCGAGAGGACAGCCCAGACAUGGACUACACCCCUUCCGAAGUCGACGAGCUGGAGUAUAUCGAGCGUAUCAAGACCAGGCAGCCCAAAGGCUACUGGACUGGAAACGACGACCUGCCCGGCCAAUGCAAGGACCCUGACGAGUUUGCGUCCUCUGCGCCGUCAUCUCCCCGGACGCGGUUCGCCAGACUCGGACCAAUCCCUGAUCUUUAUCGCCCGGGAGGGCAGAGACGCGGCGAGAUCUAG